CAUCAGAUCCAGGACAUCAUUGUGGAAACAGGCCAGGCAGACCAGAAGGAGACACACUCUGCUAAAGAUGCUCUUCUUCUAUGGUGUCAGAUGAAAACUGCAGGAUACCCAAACAUCAACAUCACAAACUUCACCACCAGCUGGAAGGACGGAAUGGCCUUCAACGCCCUCAUACACAAACACCGGCCAGAUCUGGUGGACUAUACCAAACUGAAGAAGUCCAAUCCAACCCACAACCUGCAGAACGCUUUUAAUGUAGCGGAACAAAAGCUUGGAGUGACCAAACUGUUAGACCCAGAAGAUGUUUUCACCGAGAACCCAGAUGAAAAAUCCAUCAUCACCUAUGUGGUGGCAUUUUACCACUACUUCUCAAAGAUGAAGCAGCUCGCUGUUGAGGGAAAGCGAGUUGGAAAGGUUCUGGAUCAAGCUAUAGAGACGGAGAAGAUGAUCGAUAAGUAUGAGACGCUGGCUUCAGACUUGCUGACGUGGAUUGAGCAGACCAUCAUCGUGCUGAACAACAGAAAGCUUGCCAACUCUCUUACUGGAGUCCAGCAGCAGCUUCAGGCCUUCAACACAUAUCGGACUGUAGAGAAGCCGCCCAAGUUUCAAGAGAAAGGAAAUCUAGAGGUGCUUCUGUUCACCAUUCAGAGUCGCAUGAGGGCCAAUAACCAAAGGGUCUACACGCCCAAAGAGGGAGCCUUGGUUUCUGACAUCAACAGGGCCUGGGAGCGUCUGGAAAGGGCGGAACACGAGCGGGAACGCGUCCUGAGGGAUGAGCUGAUCCGGCAGGAGAAGCUGGAACAGAUGGCGCGAAGAUUCGACAGGAAGGCAGCAAUGAGGGAGACGUGGCUCCUGGAGAACCAGAGACUGGUGGCUCAGGAUAACUUUGGUUAUGACCUGCCGGCUGUAGAAGCCGCUAAGAAGAAGCAUGAUGCCAUCGAGACGGACAUCGCCGCAUACGAGGAGCGUGUUCAGGCGCUGGUGAACAUCUCUUUGGAGCUGGAGUCUGAGCGUUACCACGACUCCAAACGGAUUGACGUGAGAAAAGACAACAUCCUGAGGCUGUGGGACUACUUGCAGGAGCUUCUCAAGGCUCGAAAAGGACGCUUGGAUAUGAACCUUACCCUGCAGAGGAUCUUCCAGGAGAUGCUCUACAUCAUCAGCUGGAUGGAUGAAAUGAAGGCUCGACUGCUGUCUCCUGACUUUGGGAAACACUUGUUAGAGGUGGAGGACUUACUCCAAAAGCAUGCACUGCUAGAGAACGACAUCGCCCUGCAGGCAGAGAGGGUACAGAGUGCCAGUGCUGCUGCUCUGAAGUUUGCAAAUGGAGAUAGUUAUAAGCCAUGUGAUCCCCAAGUGAUCCGUGACAGGGUGCAGCACCUGGACCUCUGCUAUCAGGACCUCUGUGCCCUGGCUGCACAGAGGAGGGCUCGGUUGGAGCAGUCUCGCCGCUUCUGGAACUUCCUGUGGGAGGUGGCUGAGCUAGAGAGCUGGAUUAGAGAGAAGGAGCAGCUGUUCUCCUCCCUGGAUUAUGGAAAAGACCUUACCAGCGUGCUGGUGCUCCAGAGCAAGCACAGCGCCUUCGAGGAUGAGCUUGGAGCUCGCUGCACCAAUCUGGAACAGAUCUUGGCUGAAGGGGAUAAGAUGAUCCAAGCCAAGCACUUUGGUUCUCCAAAGAUUCAGGAGUGCAUGGAUGACAUCAGGAGGCAGUGGCAGCAGCUGGAGGACUUGGCCACAUUUCGGAAGCAGAACCUUCAGGACACACAGACCUUCUUCCAGUUUCAGGGUGAUGCUGAUGAACUCAAGGCCUGGUUGCUUGAUGCCAAGAGGCAAAUGAGCAGUGAUGACGUAGGCCACGAUGAGUACACGACUCAACGGCUACUGAAAAACCACAACAGCUUAAGAAAUGAAGCCAUUAAGAAUGGAGCUACCAUCGAAAUGCUGUCCAAGCAAGCCAAUGCACUGCCAGAGGAGCUACAAAACACCCCUGACAUUCAGAGGCGUCUCAAAGACGUCAAGGACCUUUACAUGGAGCUCCUGACUCUGGCUGACCUGAGACAGAAGAAGCUGGAUGACACUAUGGCUUUGUACACCAUCUUCAGUGAGACAGACGCUUGUGAGCUCUGGAUGAGCAUGAAGGAGACAUGGCUGGUGGGCUUAGAGGUGCCUGAGAACCUGGAGGAUUUAGAAGUGGUACAAAACAGGUUGAGCGCUCUCGCUCAGGAAAUGGCGAACGUUCAGUCAAGAGUAGAUGACGUCAAUAAAGCUGCAAAACAGCUUGAGGACAGCAGACACCCCCGCACUAAAGAGAUCAAGGAAUGCCAGACACGACUAAAUAAAAGAUGGGAGGCUUUCAAGGCCAUGGUAGAGGACAAGAAAAGGAAAGUGGAUUCUGCUGUCAGUCUACAUAACUAUGGCUUGGAGUGUGAUGAGACAGGAACCUGGAUCAAAGAAAAGACACGAGUGAUCGAGUCCACACAGGAUCUGGGCAAUGACCUGGCAGCUGUCAUUACCAUCCAAAGGAAACUUUUCGGCAUGGAGAGAGAUUUAGCUGCCAUUGAGGCUAAGCUCACCUUCCUUAAAGAAGAGGCGGAACAGCUGGCCCAGGAUCACCCGGAGAAUGCAGAGGAUAUCUUAGCCCGAAGGAGAGAGCUGGACACGGCCUGGGAUAAGCUUAGAAAAACCCUUAAAGACAGGGAAGACUCUCUCGGCGAGGUCAGUAAGUUACAGACCUUCCUCCAAGACAUGGAUGACUUCCAGUCUUGGCUUUUCAAGACUCAGAAAGCUGUGGCAUCUGAGGAGAUGCCCACCUCGCUGCAGGAGGCCGAAGAGCUGCUCGGCCUUCACAACGCUGUGCGAGAAGACAUAAACAACCAUGAAGAGGACUAUCACCGGGUAAGGGACACUGGAGCUCGGGUCAUCCAGGGCCAGGAAGAUGAUCCUCAGUACCAGCAGCUGGAGCAGAGACUGAAGGGCCUGGACCGGGGCUGGUAUGAACUUCAGAAGAUCUGGGACAGUCGCAAACAUUUCCUGGACCAGGGUCUGGGCUUCCAGCAGUUCUUGAGGGACUGUAAAGCUGUAGAAGCCAUCCUCAAUAACCAGGAGUAUACUCUGGCUCACAUAGACAAGCCUGACACAUUGGCAGGGGCAGAAAAAGCAUUGAAGAAGCAUGAGGACUUUGUCAGCAUGAUGGAAGUCAACGAAGAUAAGAUUGAUGGUGUCAUGCAGGGCGGACAGCGAGUGGUGGACAGCAACAACCUGUAUUCUGGGAAAGUUCAGGAGAAAAUGGACUCUGUGCAACACAGGCAUAACAAGAAUAAGAGACGAGCCGAUGAGGUGUCUGAAAAGCUGAGAGAUAACCGUGACCUUCAGCACUUCCUGCAAAACUCCCAAGAUCUGACUGUGUGGAUCAAUGAAAAGAUGCUAACAGCUCAGGAUACUUCCUAUGAUGAGGCCAGAAACCUCCACAGCAAGUGGCUCAAACAUCAGGCCUUCAUGGCAGAGCUGGCCUCCAAUAAGGACUGGCUCAACAAAGUAGACCAGGAGGGCCAGGAGCUCAUGGAAUCCAAGCCUGAGUUUGAGCCAAUAGUGAAGGAGCGCCUGGCCCAGCUUCAUGAGCUCUGGGAAAAAUUGGAGUCCACGACUCAGGAGAAGGACCGGCUGUUGUUCGACGCCAAUCGCUCUGAGCUUUUCGACCAAAGCCUGGCUGAUAUGAAGAAGUGGUUGGCUGAGCUUCAGCAGCAGUUACAGAGCGGAGAUGAGGAUGUGAAGGAUCUUACAAACGCCAACAUCCUGCUCAAAAAGCACCAGAUGACGGAGAACCAGGUUCGUGACCGGGCACGAGAGCUGGAAGAGCUCCAAGAGGCUGUCAGGAAGCACGGGGGACCCAGGGAGGACCAGCCAGAGCUGGAGGCUGAGCAGCAAGCCCUGCAGAGUGAGUUCCAGCAGCUCCUCACGCCGCUGUCCCAGCGCCGCGGCAAGCUGGAGGCUGCCAAGGCUGUCCAUCAGUUCUACAGAGACCUGGCUGAUGAGCUUCUCUGGGUUGAGGAGAGGAUGCCUCUGGCAAUGUCACAGGAGCACGGAAACAACCUUCAAAGUGUGCAGAUGCUGUUAAAAAAGAACCAGACGUUGCAGAAGGAGGUCGAGGGCCAUCAGCCCCGUGUGGAUGAAGUGUUGGAGCGAGGUAGAAGGAUGGCGGCCGCUGCCAGCACAGAGGAUAGGCCGGAGGCGGAGCGAAUCAGGGAUCAGAUGCAGGAGCUGGAGCAGGCGUGGGCUCGGCUGCAGGAUGAGAUGGCCAAACGACGGGAGAGGCUGAGCAGCUCCAACUUGGCCCAGCAGUAUUUCAAUGAUGCUGAUGAGGCUGAGGCGUGGAUCGGAGAGCAGGAGCUCUACAUGAUUGCUGAUGAAAAGGCUAAGGAUGAGCAGACCGCCAUGCUGAUGCUGAACCGCCACAUGAUCCUGAAACAGGCUGUCGACGACUAUGCUUAUUCCAUUCAGAAGCUCUCUGACCGUGCUCAGAGGAUGUUUGCAGAGGAACAUCCUCAUGGUGAGGAGAUCAUAAGGCGGCAGGGACAGGUAGAUAAGCAGUACGCCGGCCUGAAGGAGCUGGCAGAAGACCGCAGGUUGAAACUGAAGCACACCUUCCAUCACUUUUUGCUAAGCCGAGAAGUAGAGGACCUGGAACAUUGGAUUGCUGAGAGGGACGUGGCGGCGUCCUCGCAGGAGAUGGGUCAAGACCUGGACCACGUCACGCUCCUGAGGGAUAAAUUCAGAGAGUUUGCACGGGAGACAGGGAUGAUAGGUCAGGAUCGGGUGAACAUGGUCAACCAGACCAUAGAUGAGCUGAUUGAAACGGGCCACAGCGAGGCAGCCACCCUGGCAGAGUGGAAGGACGGCAUUAACGAGAGCUGGGCUGAUCUGCUGGAGCUCAUCGACACUCGCUCCCAGCUCCUCACGGCAUCUUAUGACCUGCUCAAGUACUUUGAUGAUGGAAAAGAGCUGGUGACACAGAUUCAUGAGAAGCAGAAAGAGCUGCCUGAGGAUGUGGGGGAGGAUUUCAGCAAAGCUGAGUCCUUUCACAGAAUGCACGCCGCCUUUGAGAGAGACAUCACCGCCCUGGGCAAACAGGUUCAACAGUUCCAGGAGACAGCCUUGAGACUUAGAGCUCAGUACGCAGGGGACAAGCAGGACGCCAUCCAGGCCAUGGAGAGGGAGGUUGUUGAAGCCUGGAAGGGCCUGCUGGAUGCGUCGGAUGGCCGGCGGUCGCAGCUGGUGGACACAGCCGAGAAGUUCCGCUUCUUCAGUAUGGUGCGAGACUUGAUGGCCUGGAUGGAAAGCAUCAUUCAGCAGAUAGAGACUCAGGAGAAACCCAGGGAUGUCUCCUCUGUGGAACUGCUGCAGAAGUACCACCAGGGAAUCCGUUCAGAAAUUGAAACCAGAGGAGCCAAGUUCACCGACUGCAUAGACCUCGGCAAGUCUAUGUUGACUCGCAAACACCGCGACUCUGCUGAGGUCAAAGAGAAGCUGGUACAGCUGAUGGAAAAAAGGCAGGAAAUGAUGUUCAAAUGGGACGACAGAUGGGACUGGCUCCGCCUCUUGCUGGAGGUUUGUCAGUUUGCAAGGGACGCUUCGGUGGCCGAGGCCUGGCUGAUCGCUCAGGAGCCCUACGUGACCAGCAGGGACCUGGGUCAGACGGUGGACGAGGUGGAGAAGCUCCUCAAGAGGCAUGAAGCCUUUGAGAAAUCCACUGCCACAUGGGAGGAACGCUUCUCAGCACUGGAACGCCUCACUACGCUGGAGUUGUUGGAGCUGAGGAAGCAGCAACAGGAGAUAGAGCAGUUCAUUAAAGAUGAGCAGCGCUCAGAUAGAGAGAGCAGGAGAGAAGACACAGGCUUCGUAGAAGAAUCUUCACAACUCCACACUAUUGAGGAACAGACCCUGUCCGGCGCGAUGGAGCCCAGUUCAGGUCAGAUGGAUGGGACUGCUGGUGACUCCACGGUGCCUAUCGUGUCAGAGAUUAGAGAGAGCGCUUCUCUGGAGCUGGAGCCCUCUGUCUCCAUUGUGACUCCUAAAGAACCAGAGAAGGCGGCCACCUUGCCAUCAGAGACCCAAAGGACUCAGACGGUGCUGCAGGAGGGAAUGCUGUGCCGCAAACAUGAUGUAGAGGGUUCUGGAAAGAAGGCAUCUAACAGGACAUGGAACAACUUGUACUGUGUGCUGAGGCCAGGUCAGCUGUCGGCCUAUAAGGACUCCAAAAGCUUUGGUCAUGGAACGACUUAUCACGGUGAAGACCCCCUACCCCUAAGCAACGCCACCUGGGAGAUCCUCCCUAACUAUAAGAAAAAGAAGAAUGUUGCCAAGCUGCGUCUGGCCGACGGAAGCGAAUAUCUGUUCCAGUGUAAAGAUGAGGAGGAGCUCCAGCGUUGGAGCCAGGCCAUGGAGAAGGCCGUUCAGAUCCUGGCAGAGGAGGAGGCCCCGGGCCCCUCGGGGUCCAAAACCCACAGCCUGCCCACCGCUCCCACCUCCUCUGCUGCCCUGCCUGAGCCCAGCUCUGCCAAGAAAGACAAGGAGAAGAAGUUUAGCCGCUUUGCCAAGAAGAAGUGAAUGAAAAAAAGGAGAGGCGUCUGGAGACGGUGUCGCCUAGGCAACCAGGGAAGAGGAGGCAGUGUGUGAGGAGGCCCUGUCGGAGCAAGCUUUUUAUCAGUUUUUUUUAUAUGAUUUUUCUGAAAAAUAACUAACAGUGUUGUUUAGGUUUAAAGCCAUCACUAUUGCCUGUAUUUACGCGCGUGUGAGAUUACAAAGGUCCAUUUUUCUUUGUGUUUAAAGUAAAUUUUAGUGGGUAAAUUAAAGCACAGGAAUGCUUCACACUCAACCAAAGAUAGUUUGUAAAACUUUGCUUUUCUUAGUUUUUUUUUUUUUUUUGUGUGUGUGUGUGUGCUCUGUUACAGCAUGCUUUGAUAAAGCCAUGUAGGACAUUAAGGUAUUUUCAUCAAUCUGCCUUAUAAAAUGGUUGAACUGUAAUACUGUGCUGUUUGAGUUCAGGGCACUAAAUGCUAAAAUACAGACGCAGAGUGAAAUAGAUGAUGUUUUACAGCAGCUUUGUAAAAUGCAUUGUAAAGAUUGUGGAGAUGAGUAAAGGAUUCGGCGCAGUGCAGAACGGCACACACACUGCAGGUUUAAUAGCAGUUAUGCAAACUAAAUGCUUUAUGCACUGGGAAGGAUCUGACUGAGGAGACCUUUUUUUAUUAUUAUGGUAGUGGUCAUGUAAACUCCACAAUCUGUGAGUUGAGAAUAUAAUCUUAUUCAGGCUGUAUUCUCAAUUUAUCCGUGGCAGUAGUUACCUUUGUGAUUUUCAAAUAUAUUAACACUUGUGUAAUGAACUCUGACUUUCAUAUCUAUUCAUUGACAUGUAUACACUAUAUAUCUGCAGAUGCAUGGAGAACAUUAGGCUGACAUGGUGCUAUUGAGAUAUUCCUGAACCAAGACCAACUCAACAACUUGUAGUCACACUAAUGAAAUAAGUUUUGGGGUGUUUCAUAAGGUUGGCUAACAUCUCUGCAGGUGGUCCAGUAAAAAGCCUUCAAACUGCAACAUUAACCAGACUUCCACUACUCACCUCAGUGGUAAUUCUGCAGGUUUGCGAGAAUCUCUGGCUUUUUUUGUUUUUCUUUUUCUUUUCCAAACACAUCAGCACUGAAUCUUUUUUGAUGCACUACAGGGAAGUCUGAUUUUACAGAUUCAAAUCAUGGUGUUGAAAGCAUCAUGGUGGUGAUGUCUUCAAACAUGGGAGGAAGGUGUUGAAUCAGAUAGUUCAGAUGAUAGAACUUAGAUGCUGGAAAAGACCUAAGACUUGAUCAGAUUCUGGUCUUAACACUUUAAAGCUACAGUGUGUAA